AUGGCCCAGUCCCGGGCCAACGGGUCCCACUACGCCCUGACUGCCAUCGGGCUGGGCAUGCUGGUCCUGGGCAUCAUCAUGGCCGUGUGGAACCUCGUGCCCGGCUUCGGUCCCCCCGACAAACCCGGCGGCCACGCCGGCAACAGCAGCAAACCCGACCGCGGCUCCGGGGGCAUCCUCAAGAGCAAAACCUUCUCGGUGGCCUACGUGCUGGUAGGGGCAGGGCUGCUGCUGCUCCUGCUCUCCCUCUGCCUCAACGUCCGAGACAAGAAGAGGCAGAGCCAAGAACUGUCCAUCGCUCACGUGCAGCACCAGGUGUCUGCGGAGCCCUCGCAGCAGGAGGACAGCCAAGAAGAGGAUGAAGACGUCUCCUCCCAGUACUAUGUGCCCAGCUACGAGGAGGUGAUGAACACGGGCUACUCUGAGCCCAGAGACUCGGACAGGAGCAACAGGCUCAGCGUCUCCCUGCCCUCCUACGAGUCCCUGGCAGGGUUGGACGAGGGCAGCCAGGCACCGGGAGCGGCGGGCACGGAGCCUGGCACAGAGAGACCACCCAGCAGGCACAGCUCCCGCCUCAGCAAGCGCCUCAAGCCCCUCAAGGUCCGCAGGAUCAAGUCAGAGAAGCUGCACCUGAAGGACAUCAGGUUAAACCUGGCACAGGGCAACAGCAGUGUCCCUAUCACGAUAGAGCCCCUCACCCCUCCGCCCAAGUACGAGGAGAUCCAGGAGAAGAUGCCGGUGAGCCAGCAAAUGCCUUAA